AUGUGGCUGAUAGCCAUCACGUUACUCAGUGUAGGCUACGGAGACAUUGUACCAAACACGUACUGCGGACGAGGCAUCACGCUCUCCUGCGGUAUUAUGGGUGCCGGGUGCACAGCUCUUCUAGUAGCUGUUGUGUCACGAAAGAUGGAACUCUCUAGGGCAGAGAAACACGUCCAUAAUUUCAUGAUGGACACUCAACUUACAAAACGACUGAAAAACGCUGCGGCCAACGUCCUCAGGGAGACGUGGCUGAUCUACAAACACACUAGACUGGUGAAAAGGGUGAAUGCAGGCAGGGUUCGAACACACCAACGAAAAUUCUUGUUGGCCAUAUACGCGUUGAGAAAAGUGAAAAUGGACCAAAGAAAAUUAAUGGACAACGCAAAUACAAUAACAGACAUGGCCAAAACGCAGAAUACGGUUUAUGAAAUUGUAUCCGACAUGAGUAAUCGAUACGAUGCGUUUGAAGAACGUUUGGUGAAUCUCGAAGAUAAGCUGGUAGCCUUACAAGAACAGCUGGAGCUGUUGCCGGAGAUCCUGACCCGGUGCAUAGCGCAGAACCAGCAGAACCUGCAGAACACCAACAACCUGUCGUCGACGACAGAGUCCAGGCGCAACUUCCUGCACCCGGAAUCGGCGGCCGCGGUGGCCACCGGCGGCCUGAUGCAACCGUCCGUCUCGUCGCCGGCGGGCAGCAUGACCGGCGUCGGAGGCAACCCGCUGAUGUUCCCGUCGUCGUCGGGCGCCCCCGGCAUGAUGUUGGCCAUGGGCAACGGGUCGACGGUCAUGUCGCACUCGCGAAGUGUGCCGCCAACCGGUGCCGGCGGCGCGUCACAUUACCACUGGCCCACCAGUCCCAUAUUGCCACCCAUCAGCAGCCGGACGCCUCAUUUAGUGCCCGAGCCCAUCCAGCCGUCCAGCUGA